UCAGGGCUGCUGGGGAAAAGAAACCGAAAGAAAAACUUCAUAGCACAUAUCGUCGACUGGAGAUAACUUUCACUAUGUCGUCAGAUGAGGAUUUCUCUUUGGUGACUGAUGACAUAAAGCCAUCCAAGGACAGCUUGGAGGAAACAAAGGCUUUAAUCGCAAACUACAAGAAAAAAUAUGCACAGCUGGUCCAGGAGCAGCGUGAGCUGGCCACCAGCAGAGACGACCAGCGAGAAAUGACUCAGAAGUUCAAGCAGCGCUCCGUCAAACUGGUCCAGGAGCUGAAAGAGGACCAGCGCUUGUACGAAGAAAAUAUUGCAAAUGAAAAGACCAAGGUGAUCUCGAUGCAGCAGGAGGAGAGCGAGUUGAUGAAGGAGAUCCUGAAAGUUCAGGAAGCUCUGAAGGGGGAGGAGGCACAAAACGACCAUCUGAAGCAGCAGGCUAACGUGUUCACUGGCGUACCGGAGAGGCUGGUGGUGUUCAGGGGCUCGACAGGAAGCGAAGCCGACACAUUUGAAAUGAAGCCACACAUAGUUUACCCGAUGGAGGGUGGGACGGUACUGGUUACAUUCGAGGAGGAAGUAGUGGCCUCUAAAGUCCUGGACAUGAAGAAGCAUCGGGUGGAGCUGGGAUCAGAGUGCAGCAUCACUGCGGAGGCCCGGCCGGUUCAGCUGAUGCUGCCCAGGCUGGUGGAGCUUGACUCUGAGGUGAGUCCUCAGCACAUUUUAAUCUCCAACCUGCCCAAGCUGGAGACUGACAUGCUGCUGAACAAGCUGGAGAUCCACUUCUCCAAGAGAAAACAUGGAGGCGGAGAGGUGGACAACUGUGAAAUGCUGCAUGACUCUGAGACCGUGGUUAUCACAUUUGUGGAGAAAGACAUUGCCAGAGGUUUGACGGAUAAAGAGCACCAUGAAGUGAAGAUACAACAGAAGAUGCACAAAGUCAGGGUGACUCCUUUUCUCAACGGAAAGAUUACAAACUUACGGACCGAGAUGACGGUUUGUCGUCGGACGGUACUGUUGACGGGGAUACCCGACGUCAUGGAGCGGGAGACCCUGCAGGAUCUGCUGGAGAUCCACUUCCAGAAAAGUACCAAUGGCGGAGGAGAGAUCGAAGCCUUCCUCUACAACCCGCUGGGUCAGCACAUCUCGGCCGUGUUCGAGGGCGUCUCCACAGAACGAGAGGAGGAGUAAGAUGUAUAUUUAUCACGGUCACCUCUCAGGUUCAGGGUGAAAUCCUCUGACGUAAAGACGGCAUCCACCCGGCAUGAUUCCAUCUUAAACUCUGUUUUCAAACCUUUUGGGAUAAGAGUUUUUAUAAUCUAGUAUAAAAUAAUGUUUAAAACUUUGUAUAAAAAACUGAACAAAAUAUUUUACUCCUUGGGCUGCUGGUGAUAUCAAUUUGGAAAAUUAAAAAACUUAAACUAUUUUGUCUAGUUAUUCAAAAUAGAAAUGAAUGACAAUGGCAAUUACAGUGUGAUUAUGAUGAUGCAUUAAUCUCAUUGAUCAACAUUUUUUUAAUUUUAGCAGUUUUAUUACAUAAAAAUGUCAAUAGCCUGCUGUAACACAUUAUCGCUUUAUUCAUUAAACUGUUGUGAAAUAAUAAAAUUGGUGAAAAAACAUAAAACAA